UUCAUAAAAGUAGAAUGUCUCUUAAAAUCAACAUACAUAUACUUAUAGCCAUAAUUCUACAAACAGUAGAUAAUUCUUCAAAGAACAGUUUAUCUCAAAUUUUUAACCAUCAUGUUUUUUUAUGAAUAAUGUGGAAUUUCCAAGGCGUCAUAAACAGCAAUUUAGUUCUUGGUUCAACCACAUACUUUCCUGAUAAUCUAUGUACGAAUUAAGUAAUCGUCCUUGACUUUGUUAUAAAUACAGAAACUCCUGAUUAAAAAGGUCAGUUUUGUAUUGAAUUCGAAAAUAGUAAACAUGAGUAAGAAAAUCUUAAUAGCAUUUACAUUUUGUUCCAUUUUAUCAAUUUGUAUUUCACAAAAAUCUGAUAAUGAUUGUAUUCUUCCUGAACACCCUCCAAAUGCACAACUUUCUUUAACUGAUAAAAAAGAUUACAUACCAAAUACUUUUGUUCCAACUUCAACAACGAUAAAAAUAACGUGUAAUCCUGGGUAUACACCAAAAAAUUUUAGAAUAGAUGGAAUUUCGUAUUGUAUCAUAGGAAAGUGGACAGGAGAUUUAAUCGAAAAUCCUUGCCAAAAAUCUUGCCAAUUACACGAUUACGAAGAAACCAUGGAUUUCGAUUGUUCAUUAAAUUCAAAAAAAAUAAAUUGUUCUGAAUCCACGGAAGGUACAAAAAUUGUUACAAAGUGUAAACCAUUUUUUAAUUCAGAACCACGAACCACAUCAACUUGUUCGAAUGAUCAAUGGACACCUGAAUUAAAACCGUGUAGCUUAGAAUGUGGAUUAGUUAGUAAACCACAAAUUUUAGUCGUUCAAGGCGCUUCAAAAGAAUCCAAUAUACUUCCUUGGGUUAUUUCUAUUACAAAAAAUAAUGAUCCAAUAUGUUUGGGAAGUCUAAUUUCUCAUAAACACGUACUAAGCGCUGCGCAUUGUUUUGUAGAUUUUAAUGGAGAUGUUUCAGAUACGAAUAAUUAUAAAGUUAUUGCUAAUGAGGACGAAAAUAAGCAAAUCAGAGAGGUUGAAAAAGUGUUUGUUCACGAAAAAUUUCGCGGAAUGUUGUUAAAUUAUAUUAACGAUAUCGCCGUAAUUGUUGUAAAGAGUUUUGUGAUUAACUUAUCGAUUCAACCCGUUUGUUUUGAUGACAAUGAAAAUAGCUUAACGAAAAAUAUUGAAGGAAUAGCAUUUGGGGUUGAAGAAAAAAACAAAUUUAAACUAGAAAAACUUAUUAUGAAGUUUGAAGAUAAAACAGCUUGCAAGGAAAAAUUACCACAAGUUUUUUUCGAACACUAUUAUAUGCCAGAUAAAUUUUGCGCAAGUUUCUCUGAAAAAAGAAAUUGUGGAUUAAGCGGAAGUGGGUUUUAUACAAAAUCGAAUGGAAAAUAUUAUAUAAGAGGCAUACUAACUUUGGCACCAGCAACUGCAAAUGGAUGCAAUGCUACCUUACCUUCGCUUUUAACAAGCAUUUCAUCACACUUUAAAUGGUUAAAAGAAAUUAUGAAAAACAAAUAAUCAAAUUUAAUUAAUGAAAAGUGUUUUAAAAAUAAAGA